UCAGUUGCUAGAGCGAGCGAGAGAGAGACCUUCAUUCCGCAGAGAGAAAGAUGCCGGCCGGCCAUGGACUUAGGUCUCGUACCAGAGAUCUCUUCGCGAGGCCCUUCAGGAAGAAGGGUUACAUUGCUCUCACCACAUACCUCAGGACCUACAAGAUCGGCGACUAUGUCGACAUCAAGGUUAACGGCGCCGUUCACAAAGGUAUGCCUCACAAGUUCUACCAUGGCCGUACCGGUCGUGUAUGGAACGUCACCAAGCGCGCCAUCGGUGUCGAGAUCAACAAGCAGGUGGGUAACAGGAUAAUUAAGAAGAGGAUCCAUGUCCGUGUUGAGCACGUGCAGCCGUCUCGAUGCACCGAGGAUUUCCGAAUGAGGAAGGUGAACAAUGAUGCACUCAAGGCUGAUGCCAAGGCUAGAGGUGAAGUCAUUAGUACCAAGAGGCAACCAGAAGGCCCCAAGCCAGGGUUCAUGGUUGAAGGUGCAACAAUGGAGACUGUCACCCCCAUUCCAUACGAUGUCGUCAAUGAUCUCAAGGGUGGUUAUUAGAAUUUUCUCUUCUCUGAACUUGUCUUGUUUGGUUCUUUUUGGUUUGUCUUUGAACUUAUUGGAUAGUGUUACAAUUUUCUCCUUAAGCUCCUAAAUUUUGUUGCAUACCAAACCUAUCUAUUGAUGAAUUGUUUCUUAGUUUCUGGUUUCGGCCAUAACCUUGAGAAAAACUAGUGUAGUUUCAGCUUAUUGAAAGUAUUUUGUUAGUUUAUGCUU